UACAAAGGAAUGGUUGUGUCUGUUUAUUAUUCAAAUAUGCACAGCAUCAAACUGACCAGGGAGGAUUUGGUUGAAUUGAUCCAAAUGAAGGAACUCCAACACGACAACUUGGUUCCGUUUUUAGGCGCUUGCUCAGAUGAUGACAGAAUUUGUUACAUCGUUCAAUACUGCAGCAGAGGGACUUUACAGGACGUGCUUAACGAUAGAAACAAAAAGUUGGACUGGUCAUUCAAGCUGUCCUUCGUUAUGGACAUUGUGAAGGGCAUGGCUUUCCUCCAUAAAUCGUUCGUGCAGCUGCACAAGAAACUGACGAGCCAUGAGUGCAUGGUGGAUAACAGAUGGGUGGUCAAAAUAACCGGAUUUGGCUUGCGAGCCUUCAAGUCACCUGAUAAAAUGAACGAAACACUGGACGAGUUUUAUAAUGAGCUUUUGUGGACUGCUCCUGAAGUUUUAAGAUCAAACAUUAAAAAUUUGGGAAGUCAGAAAGGAGAUGUGUACAGUUUUGGGAUCAUCUGUCAUGAAAUCGUCUUCAGGAUGUAUCCCUACGAAGAAACUGGUCUCUCUGCCAAAGAAAUAAUUCACAAAGUCAUGUUCAGUACUGAUGGAAUCUUUCGUCCUGCAAUGUCAUCACACAAGUCGACGAGUGUCAGUCCAUCCAUGCUGGAGUUGAUCCAACAGUGCUGGGAUGAAAACCCUGCGAGUAGACCAACUUUUGAGAGCAUCAGUAAAAUGAUACUCAAGUCCAGCAAUAAGACAAAUGCUAACAUUGUGGAUAAUAUGCUGGAAAAAUUGGAAAAAUAUGCCAACGACCUGGAAAAAAUUGUUGAGCAGAGAACAAAAGAGUUGGUGGAGGAGAAAAGGAAAACCGAUAUUCUCCUGCACAGCAUGUUGCCACCUUUCGUUGCUGAGGAAUUGAAGGCCGGUCACAAAGUUGAACCGAUGAUGUACCAGAAGGCCACGGUGUACUUCUCUGAUAUUGUUGGAUUCACGAAACUCUCCUCUCAGAGCACUCCCAUGCAAAUUGUGGACCUCUUGAAUGAUCUCUAUGGAACAUUUGACGAUACCAUUUCCAAACACAACGUUUAUAAGGUUGAGACGAUAGGAGACGCGUACAUGGUUGUGAGUGGUCUGCCUCAGGUAACAGAGCGCCAUGUCGUGGAAAUAUGCAACAUGGCACUGGAUCUGCUAGGCAUCGUCAAGACCUUCAGGAUCAGACAUCGGCCUGAGAUGACACUCAUGUUGAGGAUUGGCAUUCAUUCGGGACCUUGUGCUGCUGGAGUAGUUGGCCACACGAUGCCUCGCUACUGCUUGUUUGGUGAUACGGUCAACACUGCAUCCAGGAUGGAAUCAACUGGUGAAGCCCUCAAAAUCCACAUGAGCUCGUCUGCCAUGGAGCAGCUCUCCGUACAUCCUGAAUAUCACAUUGAAUUGAGGGGAGAUAUUGAAUUAAAAGGCAAAGGAACGAUGACAACCUACUGGUUGCUGGGCAAACGCAAG